AUGAGUUUCCAUUAGAUCAAUAAAAUUAUAGAGAAAUUACAAAGUUGUAGUUUAGAUGUUCAAUAGAGUGCAAUUAGAAAUUUGAUAUCAAAAAUAUAAUGUGGUUUAGUUGGAUUGAAUGAACUAUGUGACAAGAAUCCAACAAUAGGUUGUAUACUUUUUAAAUGGAUUGUUAAUCAAUGUAUUAACACUUAAUUAUAAUUGAUUAAUCAAGUAAUUGAUUUGAUCAAAGAUCUUUCUAAGGUAUAUAUUAAUUGUUAAAUAAUAAUAGCAUCAUUUAGUUAAAUAAAAUUUGAAAUCAGAUAUACAAUAAAUUUGUGAAUUUAGGAAUAAAAUGUUAUAAUAUAAUUUGCAUAACAAUAGUUUGGAUCAAUUGAUUCAAAAUAUAAUGGAAGGAGAAUCAAUUUAACCAAUUCAAAAUCCUGAUAAAAUGAAUCAAAUUAUAAAGAAUUCAUAUGAUGAAUAAAUAAAAAUACUUGUUAAACCAGAUCAUAAAACAAUUGAAUAUGAAUAUUUUCCAUUUGUUAAAUUAACUGAACAAGAUGAAAAGUUCCUUUUUGAUAUUAGUGUCUAAUUAAAAUUUGGAAAUAAUUAAACAAUAUUAUUUACAAUUAAAGAAUAAUUAUGGAGAGCAUUAAAAGAUUUUCCUAUUGAAGUCUUUCGUUCAAGAUAAGAAAUAAUUGAAGAAGUCUUGAUUCUAUGUAAUUCAUAGAAAGAUGAGAAUAUAAUAUAUUAUUCAUUAAUUGCCCUUCAAAAAUUCAUUACAAAUUUAACUACUAGAUUUAAUAAAAAUUAAUCAGAAUAGAAUUAUAAUAAGAAUUAAGAAGUUUAUAUUAAAGAUAAUAGAGAUCAUAUAGUAUAUUCAUAUCCAACUUUAGAUCCUUAAGCAGGAUAACAAAAAAUGGAAAUAAAUUAAAAAACAUUAAAAGGUUAAAUUGAUAUGAUAAGUAAAUAAAUAUUACGUAAUUUAACAAAAUUUAUGGGUAGAAGAAUAAAUAUAUUAUAUUUAAUAGUAAAAUUAUUAAAGAAAGUAAUAUAAAUAAAUUAGGAUGCAGCAUAAGAUUCAAUUAUAAUAUUAAUAAAUGAAAUAACACAAAUAUUUGAUACAAAUGAUGAAUCAUUACAUUAAUAAUAAUUAAUACCUCUAUAUUACAUAUCAUAUGAUCUAUUAACAUUAUUAUCUGAUGAUUAUAAGAUGUAAAAUAUUCCAAGAUUUUGUUCAUAUUUAUUAGAAGCAUAAUAUGCUAAUUUAUUUAAUAUUUAAUAGAUGGAAUAUUUAUUUACUAAAACUAAUGUCUUAUGUCCUAAUUUAGUUUAAGGGAAAUAACAUUAAUAAAUAGCAUUAUAAACAUUAGAAUUACUCUUUUCUAAUCAUUAUACUACAUAACAUUUAAAUAAAGUGGCAUGUGAAGGAUAUAUUAAAUAAUUAGAAGAUUCCCAUUAUAUUCUUAAUCUCUCAUUUACUACUAAUUAAAGUAUAUUUAUAUAUUAAUUUUAGAAACAUUUAGAGUACCAAAAUAAUAAGUAUCAAUUGAGGAAUUGUCAAUUUUGGAGACUAAUAUUAUUUCAUAAAAAUAGAGUAUUCCUUAGAAAUUGGUUUAUUUAGAUUAAUUAAUUGCAAUUUUAAUUUAUUAUUCUAAAUAAUAGAAGGAGUUUUUAAGUUAAGUUCAAGUAAAGGAAAGUCUAUUUAAAUCAUAUAUGACUGAUUUAUUAACAAAUAUAUAGAAAUAUUCAAAAGAAAAAUUUGAAAACUUUAAGAUUGAACAAAAUUAUAAAAUAAAAGGAGAAUUAUUAUAAUUAUUGUGCAAAGUAUAAUAUAAAAAUAAUAUAAUAGUUUCUUGAUUUAUCUGCAGUUAGUUUAUAGAUCUUAAUGUAGAAUUAAUUUGAUAUUGCAAUAUAUUUAUUACAAUAAACAAAAGAUAAGCAAUCCUAAUUAUCAUCAUUUAGAUAUCUUAUUGUUACUGUUUUAUAAGAAGAAUUGUCUAGUAAAGAUCAUUUUUAUUCAUUAUCUAAAUUAAUAUUUGAUUAUAAAGGUAAAUCAGAUUAAUUUUGGGAUAAUAAUAUUCCUUUAUAAAAUAGAGUUACACAUUUUUUAUAAUGUUUUUUAUAAUUAGUUUUGGAAGGUUUGAAUUAUCAAAAUUAUAAAUAGUAAUAACUUUAUAUAAAGAAUACAGGAGAUUUUAUAUAAAAUUUAGAUCUAUUGUUAGCAUUAAAAGCAAAUGAUGUUGAUAUAUCAUAUGAUAAUUGCAUUUUGGAUGAAUUAAAAUAAUUAAUGUCAAGUACUCUAUUUCUCUCUUCAGGUAAAACAUAUGUACUUAAUUUGAUAUCAACAUUUAAUGAAACUAAAUCAUUUUGGUUACCUUUAUUAAGUUAUGUACAUUAAUGUUUUUUAGAAAAUGUUGGAGAAGAGUAAGUUGAAUAUUUAAAUCUUUAUAUUUAAUUGUUAAGUGUUGUAAAAUAACAUUCUGAAGUUGGAAAAUAUAUUGUUAAAUAUUAAAGCAAAUAUCCAUUUAAUAUUAAAUUAUCUUAUUAUAUAUUGAAAUUAUUGAAGAAUAAUUUAUUAGAUCUUUAACCAGAUUUAAUCAAAUAUUUAUAAUCAAAUAUCUUUUAAUAUUACAAUCAUUUAAAUUUUGAGAAUUCAAAUUGUUUAAUUAAAUUAUUGAAAUUAUCUAGAUAAUUUAAUUUAUUUUAAUCAUUAGAACCGCUUGAUUAAUAAAUACUAUUUUCAAGAUUAAUUUAAUUAACUAAAUCUCAUUUAUAAAUUAUUCGCUUUUUAUCACUUAAUAUUUUAUCAUUAAAUUUAAAAUAAUUGAAUACAGAUCAAAUUAAUAGAAUAGAAGAUUAAAUGAUAGAUGAUUUAUAUCAAAGUAAUGAAUCUUAAUAUAUAUAUUCUUAAUCAAUAACAAUUAUUCUCAAACUCAAACCAUUAAAAAAACUUACAAGAGUAAUUUCAUAUACUGACAAUAGAUUAAAAUCUGAUAUUGCAUCUAUUUGUAAAGCUGGAUUAUUAAGACUUGUUUAUUUAUGUUUAUAACAUAAUAAAGAUGAGGCUAUCUAAUAAAUUUAUAAUCUCUAAAUAGAUCAUUAAUGUGCUUAAUUCUUAAUCAAAUUCAAAAAUAUAGAUUAAUUAUUUUUAACACUUCAUGCUGCUGAAAUCUUAAAUGUUUUAAUGAGAUAAUCAGUAUCUAAAGCACUCUCUAUUUUAUAAUCUUAUAAUUUAGUAGAAACUGCUAUUCAUUCAAUUCAUAAAUUAAGAAAAUAUUUGAAUUCUAAUUAACCUAAUCUAAUUGCAGGUAUCUUAUUAUAACUUAGUUUAUUGUUAUAAUUUGCUACACAUUAUCAUAAAGAUUAUGUUGAAUUUGAGUAUAAUAAAACUAAACAAACAAAACCUAAAUGGAAUAUUGUAUAUGUUAUUAGUUAAGCACUUUAAAAUGAUAAUUUUACUAUUGAAAAUAAGAUUGGAAUUGCAAAAAUACUAUAAUGUAUUUAUUAAAUAGAAUUUACUAAAAGUAUAAAUGAUGAUUUAAUCUAUUCAUUAACAUCUAUUUAUAGACCACUUUCAUUAACUGAUUAAAAUAAUGAAGAAGAUUAAUCAGAAAUAUAAUAUCAAACUAUAAUAUAAAUAUUAAGUGCCAUAGUUUCUGUAAGUAAUAGUGCUAAACUUAUUCUAUGUAAAACAGGAGUCGCCAAAUCUAUAGCACUCUAUGUUGUUAAAGAAUUAGAAAAAGUAAUCAAUAAAACAUAAUAAAAACCUUAAAAAAUGUAAUAAUCUUAAGUUAAAAAUUUAAAUACUUCUAAUGUUUCUUUUGCACAAUAGAAUUAACUAUAACAAUCAUCUAUAUUUAAAGUUCAUGUUGUAUUCUUGAAAUUACUAUUAAAAUUCUCAGAAGAACAAGAAAAUUAUUCAUUAAAUUCAAAUACUUAAUUAAUUGAAGUUAUUGGAUUAUGUAUUGAUGCCAUUUUGAAAUUAUUAUUCUUAGGAUUUACUACUAAUAGUUAAAUCUAUUUUGAAUUGAUGAAUGAUAUCUUAAUCAAUUUAGGUAGCAAUUAAUUAUGGCAAUCACAUUUAAGUUAAUAAUUGAGUGAAUAGAAAUGGUUAUUAUUGGUAGAACUCAAAAAACAUAUUUGUAAAGAUUAAUUGACUUUAUUUUAAAAUGAAAUUUUACUUAAAGCCUUAGGAAUCUUAGGUUAAAAUACAGAUGUUAGACAAGUUUAUAUUAGAAUGAAAAUCAUAGAAGAAAUUUAAGAAAAAUUAAAUAAAGGUAUAUUAUUUAUUAUAAUUUAAUUAGUUUGGAGUGAUAAGAGGAAAUGGUAAACUAAUACAUAAUUUAAUGUCUUGAUAGUACAAUUUAUGUUAAGUCUCUCAUUUUACAAAGAAACAUAAUUAAGAAUUCUAGCAAAUAAUUAAUUUGUUAAUAUAUUGUAAGAAAUUUUAAUUGAAAAUGAUAUUCAAUAACCAAUAUGUCAAGACAUUCUUCUAAUUUAUAGUAAUUGUUCACUUAAUGGAAAAUUAAAGAAAAUGAUUAUAAAUAAUCAAUAACUUUCUUGUUUAGUAAUGAAUACUAUAUCAGAGACAACUUUAGGUGCUGAACUUAGAUAUAGAGCUUCAUAAUUUUUAUUGAAUUUGAUGUAUAAAUGUACUUAAGCUGUUUGUGUAUUCAACAAGUAAGUUAAUUUGAUUUAUUAUAUAGAUCAUAAGUAUUUGAUUGUUUUGAAAUGUCAAUGAAAGAUAGUUAAAGAUAAAUUGAUAAAAUUUAAUUAACACAAAAUGAUAAUAAUUAAUUAAUUAGUAAAUAAGAAGAAAAUAAUAAUAAGAUAAGACAUCUAUAGAAAUUCUUGAAUAAUGUAAAUUAAUUACUUAAAAUCCUUAAAAUAGAAUGGUGA